GAGGCCUGGGGAUCCUCCUCUCCCCGCGGCUGCUUUGGGUGGGAGAGGCUGUGCUCGUGCGCUCUCCUGCACACGGUGCGGGGCGCCGUCGCCAUCCCCCAGAACGCCCGGUGACGCCCCCGCUCCAGCCUUUGCGCUGGAGUGACUUGGGGAGCGGGUGGCUGGAGCCUGCGGAUUUAGAGGAUCGAGCUGCGAGGAGCGCGUUUGUCCCUCCCCGAGGCAGCGCUCUCCCCGGGCUGCCGCGGCCAUGCCCAACUCGGUGCUGUGGGCCGUGGAUCUCUUUGGGAAGGUGUACACGCUGUCCACGGCGGGCCAGUACUGGGAGCUCUGCAGGGACAGCCCGCUGGAGUUCAAGCGCGUCAGCGCCACCACGCAGUGCUGCUGGGGCAUCGCCUGCGACAACCAGGUCUACGUGUUCGUGUGCGCCAGCGACGUUCCUAUCCGCCGCCGGGAGGAGGCCUAUGAGAACCAGCGCUGGAACCCCGUGGGUGGCUUCUGUGAGAAGUUCCUGCCCAGUGACCGCUGGCAGUGGAGUGACGUGAGUGGGCUCCAGCACCGGCCGCUGGACGGGGUGGCCCUGCCCUCGCGGCACUGGGAGUGGGAGUCGGACUGGUACGUGGAUGAGAACUUUGGAGGGGAGCCCACCGAGAAAGGGGGGUGGACAUACGCCAUCGACUUCCCCGCUACGUACACGAGAGACAAGAAGUGGAAUUCUUGUGUGCGGCGGCGGAGGUGGAUCCGGUAUAGGAGAUACAAGUCCCGGGACACCUGGGCCAAGAUCCCUUCGAAGGAGGACCCCAAGCAACUGCCUGACCCCUUCAAUGACCUCUCUGUGGGGGGGUGGGAAAUCACAGACGAGCCCGUGGGCCGCCUGUCCGUGUGGGCUGUGUCUCUGCAGGGAAAGGUGUGGUACAGAGAGGACGUCAGCCACCCCAACCCCGAAGGCUCAUCGUGGUCCCUCGUGGACACCCCAGGGGAGGCAGUGCAGAUCAGCUGUGGGCCCCACGACCUCCUGUGGGUCACGCUCUGGGAGGGGCAGGCCUUGGUCCGGGAAGGAAUCAACAGGAACAGUCCCAAAGGAAGUUCCUGGUCCCUAGUGGAGCCUCCCGCCUCUGAAAACGGGAUCGUGCAUGUCUCCGUGGGAGUUGGUGUGGUCUGGGCCAUCACCAAGGACCGGAAAGUGUGGUUCCGAAGAGGCGUCAACUCGCACAAUCCCUGUGGCACCAGCUGGAUUGAGAUGGUCGGAGAUAUGAUGAUGGUGAACGUGGGGCUGAACGACCAGGUUUGGGGCAUUGGCUGUGAGGACCGGGCCGUGUACUUCCGCCAGGGUGUCACCCAGAGCGAGCUCAGUGGGAAAACAUGGAAGGCGAUCGUUGCCAGCCGAGAGAGUGACCGAUCGCACUCUGGUAGCUCAUCAAGUCUCCUCAGGGGUCACGGGUCUGCCCCUCUUGUCCCCAGUGCUGGCUGCUUCUUUGGCGACGAGGUAAGGGGCAGUGGUGAGUCCUGUGCACCGAGCGACACGGACGCCUCUUUGGAAGCCGACAGACCGGGGCCUGACCAGCCUGUCCCUGCAGAGUCUGUGGACGGUCCCAGGAACCCCAGGGACAGCUUGGCCUCAGGCACCGGCAGGACCCCAGAGCUUGCCGUGGAGGUUGCUGGCCCGGCCACGCAGACUCCUGGGCCCGAGCCUCGCCCUGGCGCGGCCUCCACCCCGGCCGAACUGCCCUGGACCAAUAUUGACCUGAAGGAGCCCAAGAGAGCACUCAGCCACUCAGCUGUUAGCUUUCCAGAGACCACCGGCCUCUCCUCGCUGGGGCUCCUCCCACUGGGCUUGGAGGAACCCUAUGGGGCCGAUGACCACCCGCUGUGGGCCUGGGUGUCAGGAGGAGGCUGUGCCGUCGAGGCUCACGCUGUCCUCAAGUGGUUCACCGUCCAGUCGGGCCUGUCCCCCCCGGUGCAGACGCUCUCCUUGUCCAUCAUGCCGGCGCAGACUGCUGCCUGGCGGAAGCAGAUCUUCCAGCAGCUCACGGAAAGGACCAAGCGGGAGCUGGAGCACUUCCGGCACUACGAGCAGGCCGUGGAGCAGUCGGUGUGGGUGAAGACAGGGGCCCUGCAGUGGUGGUGUGACUGGAAACCCCACAAGUGGGUGGACGUCCGCGUGGCCCUGGAGCAGUUCACGGGGCUCGACGGGGCUCGGGACAGCAUCCUCUUCAUCUACUAUGUGGUCCACGAGGAGAAGAAGUACGUCCACGUGUUCCUCAACGAGGUGACGGUGUUGGUCCCCGUGCUCAAUGAGACCAAGCACUCCUUUGCCCUCUACACGUCCGAGAGGACGCGGCAGAGGUGGCCUGUGCAUCUGGCUGCUGCCACCGAGCAGGACAUGAAUGACUGGCUCGCCCUGCUCAACCUGUCCUGCUGUGAGAGCCGGAGGGUCCACGGCCGCCCCUCCCCACAGGCCAUCUGGUCCAUCACGUGCAAGGGGGACAUCUUUGUAAGCGAGCCCAGCCCGGACCUGGAGGCCUCCGAGCACAUGCUGCCCUGCGACCAGAUGUUCUGGCGGCAGAUGGGAGGCCACCUGCGGGUGGUGGAGGCCAAUGGCCGGGGUGUGGUGUGGGGCAUCGGCUAUGACCACACGGCCUGGGUCUACACCGGCGGCUACGGCGGAGGCUGCUUCCAAGGCCUGGCCAGCAGCACCAGUAACAUCUACACGCAGUCGGACGUGAAGUGCGUCUACAUCUACGAGAACCAGCGCUGGAACCCCGUCACGGGCUACUCCAGCAGGGGUCUGCCCACCGACCGGUACAUGUGGAGUGACGCCUCGGGGCUGCACGAGUGCACCAAGGCCGGCACGAAGCCCCCAUCCCUGCAGUGGACCUGGGUUUCUGACUGGUCUGUGGAUUUCAGCGUUCCCGGGGGCACGGACCAGGAGGGGUGGCAGUACGCCAGUGACUUCCCUGCCUCAUACCAUGGGUACAAAACCAUGAAGGAUUUUGUCAGGAGAAGGUGCUGGGCCAGAAAAUGUAAGCUGGUGACCAGUGGGCCCUGGCUGGAGGUGGCCCCUAUCGCCCUUGGGGACGUGUCCAUCAUCCCAGAGAGCCCAAGUACCGACAGAAGUGGGCACAGCAUCGCCCUCUGGGCCGUCAGCGACAAGGGGGACGUGCUGUGCCGCCUGGGUGUGUCAGAGCUCAACCCCGCGGGCUCCUCCUGGCUGCACGUGGGCACCGACCAGCCCUUCACUUCCGUCUCCAUUGGGGCCUGCCACCAGGUGUGGGCCGUGGCCAGGGACGGCUCUGCCUUCUACCGAGGCUCCGUGUCCCCCGCACAACCAGCUGGCGACUGCUGGUACCACAUCCCGUCCCCUCCCAAGCAGAGACUGAAGCAGGUGUCCGUGGGGCAGACGUCGGUUUACGCCUUGGACGAAAACGGGAACCUGUGGUAUCGCCAGGGGGUGACGCCCAGCUACCCGCAGGGCUCCAGCUGGGAGCACGUGUCCAACAACGUGUGCCGAGUGUCCGUGGGGCCCCUGGACCAGGUCUGGAUUAUCGCCAACAAGGUCCCGGGGAGCCACAGCCUGAGCCGGGGAACCGUGUGCCAUCGCACCGGCGUGCAGCCCCGACAGCCCAAGGGCCAGGGCUGGGACUAUGGCAUCGGGGGGGGCUGGGAUCACAUCACCGUCCGGGCCAAUGCCACCAGAGCCCUCAGGAGCAGGUCCCAGGAGACAGCCACUGGGUGGAGUGGGGAGCCGGGCCUCCCCAGCACGCCCUCGAGGGCGGCCGGAGCCCCGCACGAGGCCCGCGGCCCCGUCUGCUGCUGAGGCCACCUCCCCCCCUCACCUGAAGCAGGUUUCAUGCAGGUGUGAAGGAUCAAGGUUGAUACGUCUGAGCCAUUCUUAAAUGUGGAUCCUGGAGGGAACCUGGCCUCAGGUCACGGCCACUUGAGAGGCACUGGCUGAACCAGCCCAGAAAUGUGAAGCUUUGUGGAUGCUCUCACACGUGUCCCUGUCUGCAAGGAGGGCCACGGAGCGGGCUGGGGGCCCCUUCACCCCAGCCUUUCCCACCUGUCCCUCCCCACUCUGCCUCCCUCCCUUCCAGAACGGGAACCUGGAGCCGUCCAGGAAUGCUACCCCAGGGAAGCCAAUUCCACAAAACCCCCAGUGUCCCCAAACAGAUGGGGUACGCCGUCCUUCUGCCCCCCCCCCCAAAGAAAAUGGCUGUGGGGCUCAGGGCCACUUUGCGCUGUUCUGGGAUGCUUUCUCAGAGCCAGACGCGAGAAUACGAUUUAAUUUCAGAAGUUAAGCGAGAGUUGGCAGCUUGGAAGGAAAGGCUGGGGAGGGGUGUCUUUCUCCUGGGUGGGCACAAGCCCCCGGCAGGGCUGGGAGAAGUUGUCUGCCUGCAGAACUUGCUGGCAUUCACCCCAGCCAGCCUCCCCUACCCCGCCCCGCCCCCCUGUCUGAUCAGGCGGUAGGGGCCGUGGGGACCUGGGGUGUGCCGGCCGCAGCCCCAAGCCCUACACGCCAGGGCAGGAGCCCUCUCUCCAGGCCGGUAGGAAGGCACCUCCCAUCCUGCAGCUUCUCUGCCUUUUUUUUUUUUUUUUUUUUUAAGAUUUUACUUUUAAGUACCUCUACGUCCAUCAUGGGGCUCAAACCCACAACCCUGAGAUCAAGAGUCGCAGGCUGUACCAACUGAGCCAGCCAGGCGCCCCUUCUCUGCUGCUGCUUAAGUGAUUACGGCCCCCUUUGGUGAAGCCUCAAAUGUGCUUCCUGCAAACAGACACUUUGCCUGGAGGGUGUGGGAGCCCAAGGUGGCCUCGCUCAUUUGGGGACAAAACGAACGGACUCCAGCCUUCCCUGGAAUUCCCAUCAGGAAGGGUCAGGGUGGGGCUUGUCCGCAGAGGGUGACUCAAAGGAGGUCUCCUCCGACGCCCCCUCCUGCGGGGCACUGGAGGGGGCUGAGGGUCUCUACGUUUGCCGGGAAUUGUGGAGGUGCGGCCUGGAGGUGCGAGUGUGGGCUGGAGACACUGUCGUGGGUGUUCACACCUGUCAGGUUGUCUCCAGAUGGGCACUGCGGGUUUCUUCUACAGCAGUGACCUGCCAUUCCGCGGUGACUUGCUGUCCGUGGCUGGGCCACUGUGUCCUCGCUGCUGAGCGCCCACCGUCUUCCAGCUCAGCACCACUGAACCAUCUCGAUUCCUU